GAGAGAUAAUUUCCCUAACAUGUUUUCUGUAGGCCCCACUCCAAUUGUUCAUUUCCGGUCCAAGUAAUAAAACAAAAGGGACCAAUUAACUUUUCAACCACUUUACACACCAUAUGAUACCCCACCCCCACCAAAAAGGAGCAGCGACCCGGAAGUGCGUCUUCGGCGUGGGUGGCGGCGAAGUUGGUGCCAAUUUCUUUUGUUACUAUUUACUACUACUAGAGAUUAGUCUGUCUCAUUGUGCGCACCCCCAUCCCUCAACCAAUCCCACGUCAGGCGGUUGCCCCCUCUUAAACUCCCUCCCCAAUCCUCGCAAUGCCUUUAACUACAACAAUAACCGCCACCAGCGACCCAUUCUCUCCUCCUUUCCUAACCUACGCCUCUUUUUUCCUCUCCUUAUCAUUCACCCACCACCAUGUCAACAGCACCAUCUUCUGAUUUCACCACCAAGCGGGUCCCUCCGCCAUGCUGGACCCAAGAAGAGUCACUUGCCCUAAUCAAAGCCUACCGUGACAAAUGGUACUCCGUCAACCGCGGAAACCUCCGCGUCGCCGACUGGGAAGCCGUGGCCAUUGCCGUCCCACUUAAAUCGUCCCUCCAGUGCCGCCACAAGAUCGAGAAGCUUCGGAAACGGUAUCGUGCGGAAAAACAGAAGUGUCUAAAGUACCCAGGUCGGUUUUCUUCUUCUUGGGAUCUGUUCCCUUUGUUAGAUUCAAUGGAAAUUGGGUCUCUAGGGUCUAAAGUAGAGCAAGAAUUCGAUAAAGGGAAUGAUGCUGGAGAUGGGAUUUGUGUAAAAACGUUAGGAGAUAGGAAUUUGCUGACUGCUCAAAAGAAUGGGAAAAUUAAUGGGGAUUUGGAUCCAGAUUUUGCUCUUCGGGCUAGGAAAUAUAGCAAGGUUGAUGGAGGUUUCAACAUUAGUAAGGAUUCGGGAAGUGGGUUUGGUGUUAGCUCUGUUGCAUUUAGACCUAAUGAUUAUGUUGGAGUUAAUGGGAAUAUUAAGGCUAAUGUUGGUUUUCCAUGUGAUCAUGGAGGCGAGGUUGGUUAUAAAAUGGAAAAGACACAAGGGGAUAGGCGCUUUAUGCCUCAGGGAGUUAGAUUACCGGAUCACGGAAUGAUGGCUGAUCAUUAUGGCUCAUAUAAUAGUGAUUUUUCUAAAGGUGUCGAUGUCUACGAGGGGUUUCCGCUGAAGUCCUUAGGUGAUAGGAAUUUGCCGAUGCAGGGGCUUAACCCAAAGAACUAUAAAAAUAUUGAUAGGAAGCCCACUCCUUAUUUCUGUGAUGAUGAUCAUGUGGAGAUUGACUAUAGAAUUGAUAAAAGAGACAGGCUUGGCAAAAAGGUUAAUGAUGGUUGGAGUUCCUCAUUUCCAGGGUUUAUACCAAAUAACUGUGGAAAUAUUGAUGGGAAGUCAAGGUCUGAUUCUCGCUCAAGGGCUUUGAAGGGGUCUGUGAAUGUUGAGACGAAUGGCAAUGGUGAUGGAGUUAAGAGAGAGGCAGAUUCGGUUGCGUUGUUGGUGUCAGCAAUUGAGCAGGCUACAGAAAGCUUUGUGAGGGUGGAGAUGAUGAAGAUGGACAUGGCGAUGGAGAUUGAGAAAAUGAGGAUGGAAAUGGGGUUGAAGCAUAACCAGAUGAUACUAGAGUCACAGCAACAGAUUGUGGAUGCACUUGCGAAAGCCAUGCUGGAAAAGAAGAAAAGGAGGAAAGUGGAGGUGCUGUCAUCCAAUUCAAACAGAAAUGGAUAUGCUCAAGUUGCUGCAGUGGAUUGUGAAAGCAUUGGUAAAAGUAGUAUAGUAAAAGAAAGCGAAGCUUGUGUCAGAUGAUUAUCGGAACAAGCACAAGUCAUCGUUGUUUUUUUUUUUUUUCCCUGUUAUUUUCAGGGCGAAUCAAUUUUUUUUUUUUGUUACUAUAAGUAAUACAUGCAAUGAUAUCUCUUUCUCAUCAGUAAAUAUCAAGAGUUCUACUACAGGAUGAUAGAUUUUCCUUUGAUCUCAAUGAAUAGUGUACCUAGUGGGUUUUUGAAGCUGUUCAGUGCAUUUAUUACCUUGUUCUUACUGUUGUGAAUAUGACAAAUCUUAAUUGAUAACUUAUUUCAAGUAUCAACAGAAUUUUUCCUUUCUAA